CCCCGGAAUUUGUCUAUUAGGCAGUCCGAACUUUCUCAUAAAUCAGUUUACAUCUGUCUAACACACUCUAAUGCUAUUGUUAGAAAAAAAUAAGUUUCGUCUUUUUAUGUCCGUGACUGUGAUGGCGUCUUUAAGCGAAGGAGUCGGAGAUUGUCCUUGCAGACAAAGGUCUGGGUAAAAAGAUCCAGAUUAUAAGCGCGGGAGAAGUGUUCCCGCGUGCUUCUUGUUGACGUCGUGUGGCGUGUCGCACUUUGUGUCGGGAGUGUUUGUCACACCAGCAGCACACCAGAGACCAAACCACGACGACCAUGGAGGACAGUCAGCCGAGGCCUGCUCAUCUGAACGGUGGCACAACCAGGAAGAGAGAGGACUACCUGGAAUGGCCAGACUACUUUAUGGCUGUAGCUUUUCUGUCAGCCCAAAGGAGCAAAGACCCAAGCUCACAGGUGGGGGCAUGUAUAGUGAACCAAGAGAAUAAGAUAGUUGGCAUUGGUUACAACGGUAUGCCGAAUGGCUGUGAUGAUGAUCUGCUACCGUGGUCCCGGUGUGCCGAGGACCGACUUGACACUAAAUACCCGUAUGUGUGCCAUGCAGAGCUGAAUGCCAUUAUGAACAAGAACAGUGCUGAUGUCAAAGGCUGCACCAUUUAUGUGGCUUUGUUCCCCUGCAAUGAAUGUGCCAAGCUCAUCAUCCAGGCUGGUAUCAAGGAAGUGGUCUAUCUUUCUGAUAAGUACCAUGACACGCCAGAGAUGGUUGCUUCCAGAAGGCUGCUCAGCAUGGCUGGCAACAGUGCAGGCAGUUCAACCCCAAGAGGACUAAGAUAGUCAUUGAUUUUAAUUCCAUUAACCACUCUGGAAUGCUGAACAGCACGACCAAGUGAAAAUGUGAACGGCUCACCUUGGGGACGUGCUGAAUGAGGCAGGGAAGCCGAAGAGAACUGACGAGAUUGAAAGGGACUUUGAUGCCUCUUUCCUCUGUCUUCUUGCCCCCUGCUUUGUCCAAAGGAAAACCCAAGGAUACCUCGCCUUUGGUUACCCCGCGUCCUUUGAUAUUUUGAUUAACUGGAUAUUCAAGGUACUUUAAUUUGACGAUUCUCCCUUUGAGGGUGGUGGAAGGUUGUUAAAUGCUGCUUUCAGUUUUCAAUUUUUUUUUUUUUCCUUCUUUAAAAACUUUUCGGUUAAGGAAUAUACAAGGACUCUGACCACUAUGAAUUUUAAAUGUGUGUGCUGUGAAUUUGAUACUCUUGGAUGUCAGCACAGGAAAAACCUGAAUCAUAUUUCUAGCCUCUUUAAGAAAAGAUUCAAUGCUAAUCUAGACACGCCUCAAUAUUCACUUCAUUUGACCUAUAACAUUCACACUUGAAGCUGCCCAGUGUGUGUGUUUUUGGUAAAUACUGGGAGCCACUCAGUGUUACUGUCUGCCGCUGAGCAUCUGUAUUAACAGUUCAGGCAGUACAAACUGUAGGAACAGUACACUGUAAAGAAUGGCUAAACUUAAUCAUCAAUGAUUUUUUUCUUAUUUUUUAUGUUGAUUGGUUGUAUACAGCUGAAUCUUAUCAGGGUUGCUCUAUCUGUCACUCCUAUAUUUUUUUGCAGUUAGGUUCAACAAAGUGUACAAGAAUUAGCCAGUGUUACAAUUUAGCAUUAUCUUUAUCCAUCUUUAUAUAUGAUAUAUGUUACUGUGUGCAUGUGGAUUUUUAAUAUAUUCCCUGUAGGGGAUAUGAAUGAAUUUAUUUUAACUUCUUUUAUUGUAGCAAAGGGCUUCUAAAAACAUGUUCUUUUACUACAUUGACCUCAAAGAAGAACUGCCAUUGAGCUUCCAAUGGUUUAUCCUUUUGCUGUUGUACUGUCUAAAAUGCUGUCAUGACAAAUAGAUGAAAUCUUAUCAUUUGCUUCUUACUUAGUAUGUAUUUACUACAAUACAAUGACAGGGAAACACUUUUCAAUCUUUUUCACCAUCACUCCUUUAACCAUGUCAGCUGUCAGUGCUGUUGUCAAUAAAACCACAUGAGCCUGUG